AUGUCCUUCCAGCCCCCGCCCCCUCCAGGCAUUGGGUUCUACGGCUCAGCUUCGGCACACAGCAGCCGAGAUGAUCUUGCUUCGGCUGUGCAAAAUCUUGGCUUGGGCAGUCCCUCCAGGUCCAAAAAGAAGAGAGCCGCCAGGGCGUUCCAUACCGAGUUCAAUUCCCCGGUUGCUAGCGGAACCGUGACCCCCAAUCCAUUGCAGGCACCUUUUGCUGGCUCCCACCAGCCGUUUUCGCCUCAGGCUCCGUUUUCUCCCCAGGCCCCCCAUGCAUUUCCCCAAGCUGGCUCGCUUCCACAAUCGCCCCAAACAUAUCCCCAGGCUUCUCCCCAGCAGGCCCCGGCACUUGCCCAAGGUCUUGGUCUUACCGCUCAUCCUCCUAUCCCCCAGGAUAUGAACCGAGCUGCAAGUGGAAACCAAGAGCUUUCGUUACCCGAGUAUCGUCACUACACUAACCACGAGUACGUUACUCCCGUGGACGGCCAAUUCAAGUCAUUUUUAACCUUCAACAACGUGAUGCCUCCAGACGCCACUGCCCAGUUCCACGCGGUUGACCAGGGCACAGCCUCAUCCAAGUUCAUCAGAUCUUCCAUGUACUACGUCCCUGAAACCGAACAGUUGAGACUGGCAACCAAAUUGCCGGUUUCGGUCACCAUUAGACCGUUUGCACCCUUGCUCAGUACCGAGGAUCCUGUUCCAGUGGUGGAUAUGAGACGGCUCGAGUUCCCCAGUGACGAUCCCUUAGACAACGGCCCCAUCAGGUGUCGCCGGUGUAGAACCUACAUCAACCCAUCAAUGCAGUUCACCCAGUACGGGCGGUUUGUGUGCAACAUCUGUCAGUUUCCAAACAAUGUGGUUCCUAACGAUUAUGCUUCCUUGUUGGAUAACCAGAGUCAAAGAGUGGACAAGUUCAUUCGUCCAGAAUUGCAUAAAGGAGUUUAUGAUUUAAUCGUUCCCAAAGAAUAUAAUUUCGAAGGAUCGGAAUCCAAUCCUAAGCCCUUGCAUCAUUUGUUUUUGAUCGAUAUCAGUGAACAGAGCAGAAAGCAAAACAUCCCUGUCUUGCUUGCCGAUGCAAUCAGAGCAAGUUUAUACAACUAUGAUUCUGACGUGGAUGCCCCAAGCCCCAAAAUCUCGAUAAUUGCAUUUGACAAGAAAAUUCACUUCUUCAACUUGUCCUCAACUUUGGAUAGUACCCAAAUAGUGAUAUCUGCAGAUCUCGAAGAUCCAUUCGUUCCAUUUAGUGAGGGUCUCUUUGCCGAUGCUGAAGAAAGCAGGCAUGUCAUCGAGGACGCCCUUAACCACAUUGAAUCAUUAUGCUCUACGAAGGGUAUUGCAGACUCCGAACCAAGUUUCUCAGCAGCCUGUAGGAUUGCAAUGAUGUGUCUUGAAACCGUUGGUGGUGGUAAGAUCACUUCCGUGUUGUCUGUUUUGCCUUCAUGGGGACCGGGGAGUUUGAAAUAUAAGGAUAAUAAGGCAAUAGGUAGAAGCCCAGCACCAGAAGUCGAGAAAGCCAUCUUCCUUCCUGAUAAUGAGUACUACAAGUUGUUGGCAAAAGAUUUUAUUUCAAAGAGUGUCGGUUUGGAUGUUCAUGUGGUUUCACCUACUGCAGUUGAUCUCUCGAAUAUUGGUUGGCUUUCAUCUAUUAGUGGUGGUAACAUCAGUAGAUGGACUAACUUUGAUUUUGAGAGAGACAGUAGGGCUUUUACUGCGACGUUCGUUAACUCCUUAAAAAAAUCAAGGGGAUAUCAGGGUCAGCUUAAAUUGCGUUGCUCAAAUGGUUUGCAGGUCAGUCAGUAUUAUGGCACUUCAUCUUCAGGAACGGAAACUACAGUUGGGGGUACUAUUACUGAUCCAAUUGUGCCUAUUCUUGGAGAAGAUCAAACAUUUACAAUCUUGCUUGAGUAUGAUGGCAAGUUGAGUACGAAGUACGACUGUCAUUUCCAAGCUGCUUUAUUGUACACCGAUCCUCAAGGAUUGAGAAAAGUUAGAGUUAUCAACUUGGUAUUAGCAGUCAGUGAAAGGCUCGAAGAUGUCUUCAAUUUUGCGGACGAGAAUGCGAUAGUCACUGCUAUUGCCAGAGAUACCCUCUCAUUCCUUGGUAAGCAGCCUUUAAAUGAAUUGCGUGAUUCUGUGAACCAAAAGUUAGUGGACAUUUUCACCCAGUAUAGAGCUAUGAGUGAAUUGGGUCAUAAUAGAAACAGAACUUUGACAAACCAGUUGCUAUUCCCAGACUCACUCAAGCACUUACCACUUUACAUCUUGGCCCUUGUCAAAAGCAAGGCACUUCGGAACUCAACGGGUCUUUCUGCAGAUGCAAGAUUAGCUGACUGUUUCCAAAUGCUUAAUAUGCCUAUUGAGAGAUUGGUAUAUCACUUAUACCCAGCAUUGGCAGAGCUCCAUUCCAUCCAAGAAGACGAAGCAUUUUUUGAAGAUUUCCAUGGAUUCAUUGAUUUGCCCAGGUUCAAUGAAUUGUCAUUCAAGAAAAUGGAACAUGGUGUUUACAUCCUUUGUGACGGAUUAAACAUUUUCGUUUGGGUUGAUCCCGAAGCCAAUAUCUUGCUUCUCAAAGAUUUGUUUGGAGAAGAAAUAGAAUCCGCCUCUCAAAUUCUGCCACUCAUUGACGAAUUACCUGAAUUACCAACUCAGAUAUCUGAGCAAGCUAGAAAUAUUAUCAAGUAUUUCCAGUCAUUUAUUGUCGGAAUCCCAACAGUUGAAUGCGCGGGAAUUAGAAUUGUUAGACCAGGCAUCGAUGGCUCUGUCAGUGAGUUCAAGGAUGCUUUGGUGGAAGAUGGGUUGCAGGGAUCGGUUAUAUCUAGUAGUGGUUCUAGUUACCCUGAAUUCUUGUCAAACUUGCAUAAAGCUAUUAGAGUUCAAUUGGACAACGACAAAUCUUCCAAUAAGGUCAAAAAGUCUGUCACUGCUGCAGAACACCACCAGGAAGGAUUUGCUAAAAGGUUGAUUAACUUUUAG